UCUUCUCGACACCUCGACAAUAUCAGGAGACUGGGGCUGGAUGACGUAUCCAUCACAUGGGUGGGAUGCAAUUAACGAAAUGGACGAAUACUUCAGCCCCAUUCAUACGUACCAAGUGUGCAAUGUCAUGAGCCCUAACCAGAAUAACUGGCUCCGUACCAAAUGGAUCCAACGCAGCGGCGCUCACCGAGUCUACGUAGAGAUCAAGUUCACGCUUCGUGACUGCAACAGCAUGCCAGGAGUCCUUGGCACAUGCAAGGAGACCUUCAACCUCCACUACUGCGAGACAGAACAUGAUGUGGGAGCCAGCCUCCGAGAGAAUCAGUUCUCCAAGAUCGACACCAUCGCGGCUGACGAGAGCUUCACCAACGUGGACCUGGGAGUGAGGAGGCUUAAGCUGAACACAGAGGUGCGUGCUGUGGGGCCUAUAAGCAGGCAUGGCUUCUACUUGGCCUUUCAGGAUAUCGGCGCCUGCAUCGCCAUCGUCUCGGUACGAGUUUACUACAAAAAAUGCACAGGCCUGGCCAGGAAUCUGGCCGUAUUCUCUGACGUGGUGACGGGGGCAGAUUCCUCAUCCCUGGUGGAGGUCAGAGGUCAGUGCGUGGAUCAUGCUGAGGAGAAGGACACUCCCAAGAUGUACUGCAGCGCUGAGGGGGAGUGGCUUGUUCCUAUUGGACGGUGUGUGUGCAGUGCUGGGUUUGAGGAACACAGAGAGGCUUGCAUUGCCUGUGAAGUGGGCUUCUACAAACCUUUGGCUGGAGACCAGCUUUGUGGAAAAUGUCCUCUCCACAGCCACUCAGAGACCAGAGCAGCUCUCACUUGCCCUUGUGAUGUCAACUACUUUCGGGCAUCUUCUGACCCUCCUGGUGCCCCUUGCACAAGACCUCCCUCGGCCCCAGUAAAUGUGAUUUCAUCUGUAAACGGGACCACCGUUAAUCUGGAAUGGGGUUCCCCUCUGGACACAGGCGGCCGUGCGGAUAUCACCUAUGACAUACAGUGCCAGAAAUGUGUAAAGCAUGGAGGGCAAUGCGAGAACUGCAACAUUGGAGGAACCUCUGUCAUCAUCUCAAUCAGGUUCAUCCCCCAGCAGAAGGGACUGACCGAGCCAUGGGUGAAUGUGGUCAACCUGGUGGCCCACACUAACUACACCUUCCGCAUCCUGGUGAUGAACGGGGUGACGCACUUGAGCAAGGAACCGAUGCCUUAUGCCACAGUCAACAUCACGACAAAUCAGGCAGCUCCGUCUCAGGUGGUGGCAAUCCGUCAAGAGAAUGCUAGCACAAAUAGCAUCACCCUCAUGUGGCAUGAACCUGAGCAGCCCAAUGGAGUAAUCCUGGAGUAUGAUAUUAAAUAUUAUGAAAAGGACAAGGAGCAGCAGAGCUAUUCCACCCUGAAGUCAAAGACAACAAGCGCUAAAGUGUCUGGGCUUAAACCUGACACCAGCUACAUCUUUCAGAUCAGGGCCAGGACCUCGGCUGGGUGUGGCCGCUUCAGCCCGUACGUAGAGAUCCAGACUGGAAAAGCGGCCCCCUUACGUUACAACACUGUGACGAUUAUCUGGAUCUCCAUGGCGCUGAUCUCGGGGCUCAUCACGUUUUUGGCUCUUAUCAUCUGCAGAAAACGACACUGUGGCUACAGCAAGGCUUUCCAGGAUUCAGACGAGGAAAAGAUGCAUUACCAGAAUGGCCAUGUAUCAUUUCCAGAAGCCAGAUUUUAUAUUGAUCCCCACACAUACGAGGACCCAUGCCAGGCUGUCCAUGAGUUCGCCAGAGAAAUUGAAGCUUCCCGGAUCAAAAUUGAGAAGAUUAUUGGUUCAGGAGAGUUUGGGGAAGUGUGUUACGGCCGUAUGAGGCUGCCUGGGAAGCGGGACGUCCCCGUGGCCCUGAAGACUCUGAAGGUCGGCUACACUGAGAAACAGAGGCGCGAUUUCCUGAGCGAAGCCAGCAUCAUGGCCCAGUUCGACCAUCCCAAUGUCAUCCAUCUGGAAGGAGUGGUGACACGAAGUAAACCUGUCAUGAUCAUUACCGAAUACAUGGAGAACGGCUCUCUGGAUUCAUUCUUAAAGAGACACGACGGUCAGUUCACCAUCAUUCAGCUGGUCGGAAUCCUCCGAGGCAUCGCGGCCGGCAUGACGUAUCUGUCGGAUCUCGGUUACAUCCACCGGGACCUGGCUGCGAGGAACAUCCUGGUCAACAGCAAUCUGGUCUGCAAGGUUUCAGACUUUGGCCUGUCGCGGGUGCUGGAGGACGACCCAGAUGCAGCGUACACAACCACCGGUGGAAAGAUCCCGAUCCGCUGGACGGCCCCCGAAGCUAUCGCGUACCGCAAGUUCUCCUCAUCGAGCGACGUGUGGAGUUACGGAGUGGUGAUGUGGGAGGUGAUGUCGUAUGGAGAGCGGCCAUAUUGGAACCUCACCAACAGAGAUGUAAUAAAGUCAGUAGAAGAAGGCUACAGGCUUCCAGCGCCUAUGGGUUGCCCCGCGGCUCUCCACACACUUAUGCUGGACUGCUGGCAGAAGGAACGCAGCGAACGGCCCAGGUUCUGCCAGAUCGUCACGGUCCUGGACAAGCUUAUCCGCAACCCAGAGAACCUCAAGUCAAUGGACACAUUGUGCAGACUGAACAGCCCAUUGAUGAACAGAAGCAUUCCUGAUUUCACAACCUGCAGAUCAGUGAACGACUGGUUGGACACCAUCAAGAUGAGCCGCUACAAGAACCACUUUGCGGCAGGAGGUUAUCACACACUCGGCCACGUGAUGAGCAUGAAUCAACAUGACAUCCAGAAGCUGGGGGUUACGCUGAUGGGUCAUCAGAGGAAGAUCAUGACCAGCGUCCAGGUGAUGCGAGCGCAGGUGUUAAACCAGAGCGUGCCGUCGGUGCACGUAUAA